CUCGCUCUAACAAGAACACUCUUGUUGCUAUAUACCCUCUACAUUUCCACCUUUGAUUCAACACUCUUGAUCGCACCUGCGGCCACUAACAAAUCCACUAUGCCUUCUGAACGUGUUAUCCGUUUCACUCAUACUUUCCUUUUCACCCUUGUCCUCCUUGCCUCUAUCGUUGCUCUUGGCAUUUCCGGUUCCCUUGUCGGCCACUACAACAGCAACGGCUAUCCACCUGCUCAUACCAAUGCAUACAGGGACAGGAUAAGGAUCUUGCUGGUGGCAAGUGUAUGGACGACUGCAUGGGGCUUGAUUCUGACGGUUGGCUUCCAACUUCUUGGCCAAAGCCGAGCCUUUGGCCUUCUCACCCAUCUUAUUCCCAUUGCCAUUUCAUUCAUUCUCUACCUUAUUGGCGUCUCCUCCCUUACAGCUUUGACCGACAAGGUUGACUGUGGCAACUCGGGCCAGACGUUUUCGCGAUGCUCGGUUGUCAAGGGUCUCGUCGUCAUCAGUUGGAUUGAUACAAUUUUGGUCCUGUUUGCACUCGUCUUUUUGAUCGUCCUCUGCUUCAUGGCGCGAGGGCGAUACGGUGCUCAUCGUUCAACUCUUUACCUCGAGUAAUUUGUAAAGUUGUUGGUGGCAUAAUUAGUUUUUGAGGUGAAAAGAAUGACGGAAAAGAUAAAUCGCAGAAAGAUAUUCGCAAAAAUUAACAUGUAGGAAUACAUAUGAUGUGUUUUAUAAUACGAGCUCUGCCAAUCUCCAUAGGCAUCAGCGAGAUGAUCUGUAGGAUGUAACAUGUUCAAU